GAAAUGGUCGUUUAUAAUGUCACUUUGUUUCAUAACUCGGGUAGAAGAAUGUGCUGUCAACUGUCUGUCAGCUGAGCAGCGGUGUUAUAAUGUAUAAAUAACAUAUAUGUUGUAAAUAACAUCUCACUGAUGAAUUUCUGAAAGGGUGCUGUAGCAUCGCACGUCGCAGAUGAAUGAUGGGUUUGUACCUGGUGGAGCCCGUUGUGGCCAUCUACGCUUUUGCCAGCUUUUUAGUGUACCCGCUAGUGCAGCAGUACGUUUACCGGCGACUCUGGGAGGAGCUAACGAACACCACUUACCCCGACCAUGACUUGACGUCCCGCUGCGGUAACUACAGCAACCACAGCAGUCCGCACGAGGACGUCCAGAGGGCGGCCUCCCUCUUCUCCCUGUACAGCGAGCUCUUCUCCAUGGUCCCCAGCCUGGUCGUCACCCUCCUGCUGGUGGCCUCCAGCGACCGGCGCGGCCGCAAGAUCACCAUCGUCCUCCCCCUGCUGGGCUCGCUGGUCUACGCCCUCUCCUUCCUGGCCAUCUCCUUCUUCCGGCUCAACCUCUACCUCCUGGUGGCCGCCAACUUCGUCAGCUCCCUGUUCGGCGGCGUGGGCACGCUGCUGGGCGGCUGCUUCGCCUACGUGGCGGACCUCUGCCCGGACGGGACGCGGCGGACCAUGCGCAUGGCCGGGGUGGACAUGGUGAUCGGCCUGCUGUCGGGCGUGGCCUCCCUCUCCACGGGCUACUUCCUGCGGGCGGCGGGCUUCAACUGGCCCUUCGUCACGGCGGUGCUCUUCCACCUGGCCAACCUGGCCUACGUGGCCCUGGUCCUGGAGGAGACGGUGCGGGCCCCGGCGGACCCCCCCGGGCCCCCGCCGCCGGACGGCUCCUCCCCCGCGCCUCCUCGCCGGGCCGUGCUGAGCCUGGCGCACGGCGUGUUCGCGCUCUUCGCGGCCGGCGGCCGGAGGAGGAGCGCCCUCCUGGUGCUGCUCCUCCUCACCUUCUCCUCCUACAGCUUCGCCAACAUGGGCGGGCUGUCCGCCGUGACGCUGUACGAGCUGAACGAGCCGCUCUGCUGGGACGAGAUCCUGAUCGGCUACGGCUCGGCGCUCUCCACCGUGGUCUUCCUCACCAGCUUCGCCGGCGUGGCCCUGCUCUCCCGCUGCCUGCCCGACGCCGCCAUCGUCCUCGUGGGGCUGUUCUCCGUCAUGUCCGGCCUGGUGAUGAUCGCCUUCGCCAAAACCACGCUCAUGAUGUUCCUCGUCAGGAUACCCAUGCUCCUGGCCAUCAUGCCCGCCCCUGUGCUUCGCUCUAUGAUGUCAAAGGUCGUCUCCAAGUCUGAGCAGGGGGCGCUGUUUGCCUGCGUGGCGUUCCUGGAGAGCCUGAGCUCCAACGUGGCCUUCGCCGUGUUCAGCAGCCUGUACGCCGCCACCGUGGCCUGGGCCCCUGGGUUCACCUUCCUGCUGGGGGCCGGGCUCUGCCUGCUGCCCAUCGGCCUGCUGGGUGCGGUGGUGAUCGUUGGCCCAGAGGAAGCCAAGGAGAAGGAGGAGGAGGCAAUUUUACCUCAGGAGGAAACGUACCCUGAGGAGAACGAGCCUCUGGCCUGACUGAAAGGGAAACGGAGGAGCGUGACUGUCGGUUUUCUGCCUCCGCGGACGAACCUGGAGCCACACAUGUCUUUAUUUUCGGGGGUAACACGUGCGCAGCCGCUGAGUUAUUUUGGUGAGAAGUCACUAUCUAGACUGAGGCCCUGCAGGCCUGAAGCACGGGCAGGGGAGAGACCAUUCCUCCGUGCGCUCACGUCAUUGUGUGAACUUUGGUCUGCUGUGCAGAAGCUGCAUGUGCAGACAUGGAAGUCACGUGACAUUUAGCUGCCUUUGUGUGUGACAGGCUGAAGGCAGGGUUGCCACAAAUAUCCAGGCCAAAAGACAUUGAAAACCAGCACAAAUGCAGACAAAUGUAGCCAAAACCGGUGACA